UCUAAGUAUUGCUCACCCACCCCUAGGUCCACUACUACCGCUAGAUUUUGGAUUCAACUUAAAACUCUACUAAUCAAACCAACCUGCACUAGCUACAAAAUCAGAUUCAAUUACUAUAACUGUUUUUGUUUUCUUUAUCUAAUUAAUUAAUUGUUCAAAAAAGUACUGAUUCUUUCGACCCCAAAAGGUAAUAUAAUAAUUCACCUACUCUAACUUUUCAUUAUUCACAUUAUUUAUACCCUAGAGAAUUACAAUAACUCAAACUCUUCUGUAUUUUGUUGUUAAUUUCUUUUCAAAUAUUUGCACUUAAUUUUAAUUUUUCAUGGCUGUGUUGGGUGCACCAGCCAAAAAUGUUUCUCCAUUGUCAAAAGAUGGCUCUAUUGGUUUCUUGCAAUCAGUCAUUUUGGAGAAACAAGAAAAUAAAGAACCUUUUUACGUUCUUGAUUUAGGUGUGGUCGCUUCUCUUAUGGACAAUUGGAUCCGAACCCUUCCCAUGGUCCGUCCAUUCUAUGCCGUCAAGUGCAACCCUGACCCGGAUCUGCUUGCCGCUUUGGCAACUUUAGGCUCCAAUUUCGACUGCGCAAGCCGAGGGGAGAUUGAGUCCGUUUUAUCUCUCGGAGUUUCGCCUGACAGGAUUGUUUAUGCAAACCCUUGCAAAGCAGAGUCACAUAUCAAAUACGCUGCUACAGUUGGUGUCAAUCUGACGACAUUCGACUCCGAAGAAGAACUUGACAAGAUCCGAAAAUGGCACCCGAAUUGUGAUUUACUAAUCCGGGUCAAAGCUCCGGAAGAUGGUGGGGCCCGUUGUCCACUGGGCCCUAAAUACGGCGCACUUCCUGAAGAAAUUGUUCCUCUUCUACAAGCCGCUCAAUCUUCAAGGCUCAAAGUUAUCGGCGUUUCCUUCCAUAUAGGAAGCGGCGCCACCAAUUCACGCGCAUAUCACGGCGCCAUAGAGUCGGCUAGAAGCGUGUUUGAAACCGCCGCUCGAUUCGGAAUGCCGAAAAUGAACGUGCUAAACAUUGGCGGCGGCUUCACCGCUGGCUCGCAAUUUGAGGAAGCAGCUGUAGAAAUCAAAUCAGCGAUCCAGGCUUUUUUCCCAAAUGAACCUGGUUUGCAAAUCAUUUCUGAGCCGGGCCGGUUCUUUGCAGAGUCAGCCUUCACAUUAGCCACAAAUAUUAUUGGAAAGAGAGUUAGGGGAGAAUUAAGAGAGUAUUGGAUUAACGACGGUAUUUAUGGAUCCAUGAAUUGUAUUUUAUAUGAUCAUGCAACGGUUACCUGUACUCCUCUUGCUUGUAUUUCGAAUCAUUCAAACCCUACUUGCAACGGGUCGAGGAUGUGGAGCUCUACCGUUUUUGGCCCGACUUGUGAUGCGCUCGAUACGGUUUUGACGGAUCAUCUAUUACCGGAAUUGCACAUCAAUGACUGGCUUAUAUUUCCAAAAAUGGGGGCUUAUACUGUGGCUGCUGGGUCAAACUUUAAUGGGUUUAACACUGGAGCGAUUUUGACUUACCUGGUCCAUUCUGGUUCAUGUGCUAGAAUAUAAUUUUGGGUAUUUAUUUUUUUAAUUGGAUCAUCUAGAAUUGGUGAAAUAUUUAUGUUCCAUUGGUUGAAUUGUACUCUUAUCUGUACAAUUUGAUGAGCAAGUUAUGAUGUACAACAAAUCUUAUAGAGUUUUGAAUUAUAAAGGCAGAAGGAAUCCAUAUGCAUUCAUCCA